AUGAGGAUUUCUAUGGCUCUCGCGUCGACUGGGCUGCUGCUGCUGCUGUCUGUAGCGGCGGCCGACAUGUCGAUCGUCUCGUACGUGGGCAGGAGCGAGGAGGAGACGCCGGACCAUCAGCGCAGCAGCAACAACUUCUCCAACGCAGUGGCCGGCGAGGGGGACAGCCUCCGCUUCGUCGGCGUGUGCUACGGCACGCUGGGCAGCGACCUCCCGCCCCGGAGCGAGGUGGUGCAGAUGUACAAGUCCCUGGGCAUCAACGGGAUGCGCAUCUACAGCCCCGACAGGGAGGCGCUCGACGCCCUGCGCAACUCCGGCGUCGGCGUCAUCCUCGACGUCGGCGGCAUCGACGCGGUGUCCUGGCUCGGCGACAGCUUCGCCAACGCGGCCGCCUGGGUCCAGGACAACGUCAGGUCCUACUACCCGGCCGUCAACAUCAAGUACAUCGCCGUCGGCAACGAGGUGCUGGGCGACGGCGCCACGCAGAGGAUCCUCCCGGCCAUGCAGAACGUCAACGCCGCCCUGGCCGCGGCCGGCCUUGCCGCCGGCAUUAAGGCGUCCACCUCGGUGAGGUACGACGUCUUCGCCAGCACCUCCCCGCCUUCCGCCGGCGUGUUCGCGUACCCCUACAUGACGGCCAUAGCCCAGUACCUCGCGAGCACCGGCGCGCCGCUGCUGGCCAACGUCUACCCCUACUUCGCGUACAGGGACCAUCCGGAAUACAUCAGCCUCGACUUCGCCACCUUCCAGCCCACGGCCACGCCGGUGGUCGACCGCAACAACGGCCUGGUCUACCACAACCUCUUCGACGCCAUGGUGGACGCCAUCCACGCUGCGCUGGAGAAGGCCGGCGCGGGGAGCGUGAGGGUGGUGGUGUCGGAGAGCGGGUGGCCCUCGGCGGGAGGGUUCGCGGCGACCAUGGACAACGCCCGGAGGUACAACCAGGGGCUGGUCGACCAUGUGGCUCAGGGGACGGGCACGCCCAGGAGACCGGGGCAGCUGGAGGCUUACGUGUUCGCCAUGUUCAACGAGAACCAGAAGACGGGGGAUGCCAUCGAGAGAAACUUUGGGCUCUUCUACCCUAACAAAUCGCCGGUGUAUCCGAUCACCUUUCCGAAUCUGCACCUGGAAAUAUAA